AUGGAAAGCGCUACCGAAAGGCAACGCAAGGUAACCUAUCUCCCCACGACAGAGGCAUACAACCUCUGGGCCGAGCACUACGACCACGAUGGAAAUUUUCUACAGCUACUGGACUCGAGAGAACUUCCUCGGCUGCUGGAAGAUGCAUUCAAGUGUCUAAGCGGAAGACCUCGUCCUUGGAAAGCGGUGGAUUUGGGUGCCGGCUCAGGCAGGGCUACUAUGGCUUUGCUGGCCUCAGACGUGGGCGAAAGUGCGACGAAUAUUAUUGCAGUCGAUGCCUCAUCGGCGAUGCUAGCUAUUGCAAAGCGAAAGGUUGCAGAUGCGAAGAACAAUGACCGCCAGAGCAUGAUCAAUUUUGAGGUUAUGGACUUGCUUUCCGAUGAAGAGCUCCCUCAAUCAGUGCUAGGCGCUGAUCUUGUUGUUUCCACGCUCGUCCUAGAACACGUUCCAUGCGAUCUGUACUUCAAGAAAGCUUCGCGAAUACUCUCUCGCGGCGGAGUCCUCCUCGUUACCAAUAUGCACCAUGACAUGGGAGCAAUCAGCCAGGCUGGAUUCGUUGAUCCGAAGACGAAUGAGAAGAUCCGACCAGCAAGUUAUCCGCAUUCUGUUGAAGACAUCAAGACUGCGGCGUCCAAGUAUGGGCUGACGUUGUUGGGAGACGUCAAGGAGGUCGCGGUCGAGGAGCGAGAUGUGGCCAGUCUGGGUGACAGAUCCAGGAAGUGGAUUGGUGUCAGAUGUUGGUAUGGAGGACUGUUCCAGAAAAGCUCAUGA